AUGUCCCUGCUAAACAGUCCCUCGAAAAUUCUCUCUCAAAAGCAGCCGACAUUUACAGGUCGCACCACUAAGCGGAAAAUGGACGCGAACGGGGACGAGGCGCGGGUGAUUCGUCCAAGCCCUGUUUCCGAGAGGUUGGAGCCUUCAGGGCAGCAGCUGCCCACCCCUCAGGAGUCCCCGGCAAGGCCACACGUUACCCCCCUUAGCCAACAGCUAGAAUCUUCACUAGCUGCCAUCGCCACACCCGAGUCAGAUCAGUCGGCGGAUUUUAGCUAUGGGAGAAUCGAUAUGUUGCGAGAAGCCUGCCAACUCAACGACCAGUUUUUCCUCCUCGCACAUCUACUUUGCAGUAAUUAUUUGCCGACAACUUGGGAGUUCAUUGGGCCGCUAAAUCUGAAGAAGGAGCACUUUGAUGGCCUCGGAUCUCUGUGUUCGAUUUUGUGUGGAGAUACCGCGUCCAACCCAGACUUAUCCGCGCUAUUAAGGACGUUCCCCUAUCCCAGAGAAGAAAUAGUAAAAGAUACAGACUCGCCACUUCGUCCUGUUCUGGCUGACGUUCGCUCAUGCCUCGAAAUAUUUCAUACUGCAUUCAGCACAUUAAAGGCUAGCGCGAGUCGAGAAAGCGUUCCACCUGCGCCAGUUCAGCUGAUGACUGAGUUGAGGUUACCUUCUCCUAUCUUACAGAAGGCUCUCUUCUACCACCUUUAUUCCAACUACGCUGAUAGCUCGAGCAUGUUUAAGAAGGUUUUCAACCUCUUCAGUGAAGAAACGACAAAGCUGGUGGGUAUAUACACCCGCCACCCAGCUCAACUGAACGUAUCUGAAUCCGAUUUCCGAGACUUGGUGGAUGCAUGGAGGGAAGGAUACCUACAGCUCAGAGCGCAAUCUCUACAUCCUGCCGGACCCCAUACAGCAAGCCGGUUUUCCACCACUCCGGCUAACCACACGACUACUCCCUGUUUUUCAUCCCCAUCUUCGAGCCGAUCUCUUGAAAGACAUUUGGAGCCAAACCAAGUCUCUUCCGGUGAAGUCGGAUUGACAGCCCCCACUCAGGUGCCGCAAUACAGUGAAAGGAACACAAGUAUACCUUCCACGACACCAGAGGGAGAGCAGCGCUCGAUGUCCUCCGCGCAGUCAUCAAGAGUGAGACCACCUACAGCCGACUCACAGCAUGUAGUCCCAUCACCGAGAUCAUCGCCGAGCGUUGACAGGCGGGCGACACCAUCGUCCACGGCUAUUUUGCCGAAUCAAGCCUCACAGGCUCGACGCCGGAUUCCGGUUGACGCUCGAUCUGCUCCAUCGCACAUCACUGCUGCAGCAUCUAGAAGGGCUCCGUUACAUCAAGCACGCACUCUCGAUCAGGAACAUGAAGGCCUGACUGAUUCCAGUAGCAAUGUGUCUACGACCACCCUCUACCCCUUUGUCGAGGACGCGAUAGUGCUUCAACAAUGUAUUCACGCACAUUCACCUAUCAUUCAGUGGCAUGUCCACAUUCCACACAACGUUUGGGCGCGAAGAGCAACCACUCUACCCGAAGGACAGACCAACCCUAGAGAACGGGAGGCUGCAGAUGGCAAGUUACAUUUCAGAUUAAGGUCAGUUGCUAUCGACGGCCGAGGGACACCGCCUUUCACACCCACCCAGGCGGAUUUCCACAAGCGGACUUCGAAGUGGCCGAUGCUCGCAUCCGUGGUAAUCAACGGAGAUAUCGAUGUUGACUUGAGCAACCAUCAACGCGGUGUCGGUCUGGCGUUAGAUGUGACGGAUCUCUUGAUCGAAGGCGAUAACGAGAUCGAAGUUGUGGCAUACUUCCAUCCGACAGAAAGAGAUUCGCAUUGCAUGUAUCUGAUGGCAAUCGAACUCAUCUGCGUGGCAACUUACGACGAGAUUAAAGCCAUGUCCACCGGACUCCCCGCGGCAUGUAUUCGAAAAGAGAUUUUGAAUUCCUUCGAGACCAACCAGGGUGGGUCUCAAGACCACGAUCUGGUUGUCAAGGCCUCCGGCAUCUACAUUGACCUGAUAGAUCCACUCACGUAUUCUGUUUGGCGAACACCGGCUCGAAGCCGGGAGUGUCGACACCGGGAAUGUUUCGAUCUGGAAGCGUUUCUCUCCUCUCAUGCAACGGGCGUCGACAAAGGGGGCCUGACGGAAAAUCAUUGCUGGAAAUGUCCCAUAUGUUCAAAGGAUGCGCACCCAAAGUCGCUGCUAAUCGAUGACUUUCUACUAGAUGUACGCGACACUUUGGAAAGGAACAACCAAUUGCAUGCGCGGGGAAUUCUUGUCAGCAACGACGGCACUUGGGUGCCCACAUUUGGGUCCUCUGCCUCCAAAGAUCAGCCUUGA